AUGGGUGUAUGCUGUUCUAAAUAAAGAGAUAGAGAAGAUGGAAUAAGAUAAUAAAUCGCAUAGACGGUAGUGGAAUAAUAAAAAAUAAAAGAAGAAGAAGAAUAAGAACAGAUUUAAUUUUAGUGUUAUUCAUCAAGCAGAAAGUCAUAAACUUUUCAAAUUAACCCAACUAAUCCAAAUGAAAUCUGCAAUUUAGUGACUCAAGUUGGAAACGAGGAUGUAGCAGUCGAUGUUGACUAACCAAAAUUGGAUAAAAUCAAAAGGAAAAAAUCAGAGCAUCAUAAAGACGAUGCAAACUACUUAAGAAAAUUAGAUCACAUUUUAUCAAUUAAAUCAAUUGUGGUCGAAGUGCAAAAGGAAGGAGAUAUGAAAUAUUACAAAAUUUCCACACUUAUUAACUAUAAAGAACUUUGUUAUAAUGUUAAUCUGUAUGGUACCUUAACAACACAAUUAGAUUUUAAAUAUUUCACUUUAAAGCCUAGGAGAUUUGAGGAGGCUCAUAAAUAUUCAAGGUUUCUCACUUUUUUUUCAAAUGACAAUUACUUCAAUGCAGAUAAGGAAUGCACAAAUAAUUUUAAUGCAUUUGAUAAAUUAUUAUAUGUUGAGAGGAGCCAGCAAGAAUUGAAGGCGAAUAUGAAAAGAUUACAAAAGAGGCAGAGCACGAUUAUACAUGAAAAACUGGCUGAAACAUGUUUGAUAAAUUCAACCAAUCAAGAAAUGUUAGAAAUUAUCUCAGUUGUUGAUAUUGAAUAAUAAUCCAGAUUUUUGACAGUUCUGUUUCACUUGCUGGUUUAAAAAUAUUUUAAAAAAUUAGAACUUUAUUUAGUAUUUAUAACAAAUGCCACUUUCUUAUUUGAAGUACCUCCCUAAUUUGAUUAACCAACUGUAUACAGAUUAGCUUUAUUUUAUGAUAAGUUAGAUUACUCUUUAAAAGAUUUAUAAAAUAUGUGUCUGAAGAACCAAAUGGAAUUAUCUAAGAUUUUAUAUCAAAAAUUGGCACUUAACCUUAUCGAUAUCUUUUAUUAAUGUUAUUCAAACUAUUUAUAUAGGUUGAAUUUCACAUUGUCAACAAUAUUUUAUGUUUCUAAAUUUAAGAUGUUUAAGUUGUAAACUUUUGGAAGGCUUAAGUACUUGCUAUAAUUCGGAAUGAAUGUAGAUGAUGGUAUCAAAUUAUUAGAUGAAAAGAAAAUGAGGUUAUUUUAAAAAGCAUUCAAAAAAGAUCUUUUAGCCUUAUGUGAUCUAUUAGUAUAUUUUAAAAAGAUUAAUAAUUUAUCUUUGAAACAAAUUCAAACUCAAAGGAAAAAGUUUGUCUAAAGUAUUAAAAAAGGUGAAGAGCAGGAUGAAGAUACUAAUUAUUUAAUUUACAUUGAUAAGAUUUUGUCAUCCACAUCCGAUCGAUAUAUCUUAGAAUUUAUUCGUAUGGCAAUCUACGCAAAUGAAAUUAAAUAAACAGACAAAACUUUACAAGAUACUUUGCCAAUAAUUGAGUCUCUACAAAAAUCUAUCAAUGAAUAUGAAUCCAAUCUAGAACUAUAAGGCAAAGAUUCUCAAUAAUAAAAUGAAAUCUAACUUUAUGACAAUCCUCGCUUAGAAUCCUAAUAAUAGAAAGAAAUAGAAUCAGAAGGCUCAUUAGAAUUUAAGGAUGACCAAAAAUUGUUAACGACCUUUUAAUUUGAUUUUAAUUCUGAAAAUGAGGAAUUCUCUCUCAAUAAAGAUAAAUUCAAUGAGGCAUAAUUAGUUUAUAAAGAACUACUUUAUUAAUCAUUAUUAUUUUAGGAUUAAUUUUAUUCAUGUUAUCAAAAAUUUUAGGUGUGUGGGAAAUCGAAAUUAGAGGAAGCAUAUGUUGAAGUAUUAUAUGCAUUUUAUACAUUAAAAUCUAUGAAUGAUGAGUCUUGGUAAUAUAAAUUAAAAGUUCUAUCAAAAUUGAUGAAUAAACCAAUCGAAAUUAUGAAUUAAAUUUAUGAAACCAGCAUUGAUCAUUUCCAUAUUACUAUCAUCUUUCAGAUACUCACAUUAUCUCAGAGAAAACCACUGCCCUUAUUGAAUGAAUUUCAACGAAGUAUCAAUAAAUAAUUAGCAAUGAAAAUGCAAAUGGAUAAAAGAUUAAGAAGUCACAAUUCCUCAAGAGGCAUAAUUGAAUAGAAAAAACAUAUAAUGGUUUAACUAAUGUAUGCCCAAUCCUAUUUAGCCAGUCAUAACUAUUAUUAAGCAGUACACAAAAUACAAAAAGUGAUUGGAUUUUAAUUAAAAAAUUAGCAUUUGGCUUCGUUAUUUUAUGGAUAUUCUCUAUUAGUUAGUGGAGAGAUACAAAAAGAAAGUCUAUAAGCAGUAUCAGCAAUGCUCAAUUUAGAAAUGAGUCAGGUGAUAUAUGAUGGUUAUUUCCCAGAAUUCAUAACAUUAGAAGAAACCCAAGAUCAAGCAGAAAAUGGAGUAAAAGAGAAAACUACUUAAAAAUAUGAAUACCUAAAAGUCUAAAAUUUAGCAACCAGCAAUAAGGCUAAAUUGGAAUUGUUAUUAGGAAUGAGUUACUUUGAUGUGCAUGAUUAAGAGAACUCAUUGAAAUGUUUAAAAAUGGCUGAAAUAUUGUUACUAAGAUCAUUUGACAUGUAUGCAGAUGAAGUUGUAACUGUUGUAUUAAAACAGUUGUAACUAUUUGUAUUAUAAGAUGACAUAGGAUCAGCCUUCAAAAUAACACUUUCUUAUGCAGAAAAAAUGAACUAAUAUUAUAUAGAAGGAAAAACAUUUAAAAGAAAAAUCAUUUCUAAGUUGUAGUUUAUAAUGGCAUGCAUUUUUGAAUUUAAUGGAUUAUUUUUAAGUGCUCUUCGAUAUAUCGAGAGAUCUAAUCGUACUUAUACUAAUUCUAAAUGCAACAACUUUAUCAUUUAAAUGCAUUUUUAGGCUAAGAAAUUGAGUUUAAUAUCAAAAAUCAAAGCGGCAUUCUAAAAAAUCAAAAAUAAACAGUAAUUAAGAGAUCCCACUGAUUUAGCCUUAUUUUCAACUCUAAAUGAACAUAUGGCCCCUACUUUCCUUUCACAAUUUUAUAGGCAAAGAUUUGUCUAAAAGUCCUCUUUACUUCUUGAAAAAUAUGGGUUAUAUUUGAUUAAGGUUUAAUAAUUGCAGAGACUCAAAAUGAAUCAAAAAGCACUCAAAAUAUUGAAAAAGAUUGUUAAGAUUUUAAAUAAAACUAAAAAGGAUGAGUUAUACGCUAUCUUGUCUGGUUAUGUAACUUAUCUGAAUCUUGAAAAUUCUAAAAAACCACAAUAGAUUAAAUAUUUACUUGAAUAAAUAGAAAUUAAUGAAAGAUAUUUUCUCUUCCCAUUUAAAGAAUUUCACUUAUUAAAAUGUUUAAUUUAUCUCAUUAUUCUCUAUACAAAAAUGAAUUAAGCAAAAUCAAUUCAAGAAACCAAUGUGAAAAUUCAAAUGAUAAUUGAUGAAUUUCUUGAAAGUCUCUAAUGGAAAUCCAUUUCAACUAAAUCUCUUAAAAAUGCCCCUAAUAAAUUUGAGAUAUUCCUCAAAAAAGGUAGGAUUUCUUUAUUGUAUCAAAUCUCUGCUGUUGUUGAAAUAAUUGAAUAUUAUCACACUUUAAAGAAGUAAAUAUUUGAUGCUAUGUUCAAUGGAAUGCAAUUGGUGCAACUCUAUAAAAAAAUCAGAGUUGAUUUUGAACAGUUUAUGAUUGAUAUCAAUAGUCAAAUAUUAUUUUAGAAGUAAAAUUGUAUGUUUGGAUAUUACUCCUAAAUAAAGUAUCAAAAUUAUGAACCAUCAGUAGAGCACAAAAAUGAUAAUAAAGUUUAAGAAACUGUAGUUCUUUAGUCAUAGCAAGAAAAAGAUACAGAUACAAAUUUAUAGAAAACUGACACAUCUAAAAUUGUUUUUGACAUUAGAAGUUAUUAAGAGAUAUUGAUCUCUAACAAAUAGACACGUUUGUCAAAAUAACAACUAUUGAGCAAAACAGAACCUAAAAAUAAGGAUAUUAGUUUUGAAAACAUCUCAGGAAAACAUGAGAAACAAAAAUCAACAAAUUAUACUGAUUAAUUGAGAGUGAAGAGUAUUAAAAAGUCUACUAAAUUAAAUCCAUUUGAAAGCACGAUGAAAAAAACUCAAAAAUAUCUUUGA